AUGGUGCGUAUAUUGCGCUCGACUGGAGUGCUCUGUGUGGUCAAGAAGCGAUGCAAGCGGUGCCGACGGCUACAAAAGGAGGGCCAAAAAGUGUUCCACGAAACGAAGGCGACGCGGCCGCGCAAAACGAAAACGAAGCAAUCGCCAACUGCGCGGGUCGAAAAAAGCCACGGGCCAUCGAUGCCGUACUGCGACCACACGAGGAAUGGGAACAAUGCCAAACGGGCGCACAAAAGGCGGCGGGGAGACCCUUCCGAGAAAGCGAGACACGGACAGAGG